AUGGCGGCACAAGCGGCGGCUGCGGCGCAGGCGGCGGCGGCAGCACAGGCGGCCGCAGCGCAGGCCGCACAGGCCGAGGCAGCCGAGUCGUGGUAUCUGGCUCUCCUGGGUUUCGCCGAGCACUUCCGAACAUCUAGCCCGCCCAAGAUCCGCUUGUGCGUUCAUUGCCUGCAGGCCGUGUUCCCCUUCAAACCGCCUCAGCGGAUAGAGGCCCGUACGCACCUGCAGCUCGGCUCGGUGCUUUACCACCACACGAAGAACAGCGAACAGGCGCGCAGUCACUUAGAGAAGGCGUGGUUGAUAUCACAGCAAAUCCCGCAGUUUGAAGAUGUUAAAUUUGAGGCAGCGAGCCUGUUGUCAGAGCUGUAUUGUCAAGAGAACUCUGUGGACGCAGCGAAGCCGCUGCUGCGGAAAGCCAUCCAGAUCUCACAGCAGACGCCAUACUGGCACUGCCGCUUGCUCUUCCAGCUCGCUCAACUGCACACAUUGGAGAAGGAUCUGGUAUCUGCCUGUGACCUCCUGGGUGUGGGGGCCGAGUAUGCCCGAGUGGUGGGAUCUGAAUAUACAAGGGCAUUAUUCCUGCUCAGCAAGGGGAUGCUGCUGCUGAUGGAACGCAAACUGCAAGAGGUGCACCCACUGCUCACACUGUGUGGGCAGAUUGUGGAGAACUGGCAGGGCAACCCCAUCCAGAAGGAGUCACUACGUGUCUUCUUCCUGGUGCUGCAGGUGACUCACUACCUGGAUGCUGGGCAGGUGAAGAGUGUCAAGCCAUGCCUGAAGCAGCUGCAGCAGUGCAUCCAGACCAUCUCCACGCUGCACGAUGAUGAAAUCCUGCCCAGCAACCCCGCCGACCUCUUCCACUGGCUGCCCAAGGAGCACAUGUGUGUGCUCGUCUACCUGGUCACAGUGAUGCAUUCCAUGCAGGCUGGUUACCUGGAGAAGGCACAGAAGUACACAGACAAGGCGCUCAUGCAAUUGGAAAAGCUUAAGAUGCUAGACUGCAGCCCCAUCCUGUCAUCCUUCCAAGUGAUCCUGCUGGAGCACAUUAUCAUGUGCCGGCUUGUCACUGGCCACAAGGCCACUGCACUACAGGAGAUCUCUCAGGUCUGUCAGCUGUGCCAGCAGUCCCCUAGGCUCUUCUCCAACCAUGCCGCCCAGUUGCACACACUGCUGGGCCUGUAUUGUGUCUCCGUGAACUGCAUGGACAAUGCUGAAGCCCAGUUUACCACAGCCCUUCGGCUCACCAACCACCAGGAGUUGUGGGCCUUCAUCGUGACUAACCUUGCGAGUGUGUAUAUACGGGAAGGAAAUAGACACCAAGAGGUACUGUACAGUUUGCUUGAGAGGAUAAACCCAGACCACAGCUUCCCGGUCAGCUCACACUGCCUCCGAGCAGCAGCCUUCUAUGUACGAGGACUCUUCUCCUUCUUCCAGGGCCGCUACAACGAAGCCAAGAGAUUUCUUCGAGAAACUCUAAAGAUGUCGAAUGCAGAGGACCUGAACCGCCUUACUGCCUGCUCCCUUGUGCUGCUGGGUCACAUCUUCUAUGUGCUGGGAAAUCACAGGGAGAGUAACAACAUGGUGGUACCUGCCAUGCAGCUGGCCAGCAAGAUCCCAGACAUGUCUGUGCAGCUGUGGUCAUCUGCCCUCCUGAGAGACCUAAACAAGGCAUGUGGGAAUGCCAUGGAUGCCCAUGAGGCCGCACAGAUGCACCAGAACUUCUCACAGCAGCUGCUGCAGGACCACAUCGAGGCCUGCAGCCUCCCAGAGCACAACCUCAUUACGUGGACAGAUGGCCCACCCCCUGUGCAGUUUCAAGCUCAGAAUGGACCCAACACCAGCUUGGCCAGCCUUCUGUGAGGCCUGCGUCCCCAACUUGGACCCAACACUGGAUCUCUCUGGGAACAAAACCACCAGGGUGCCCACCAGCCCCUCACCAUUGUCCGUCAUCUGCCUCUGAGGGCGACAGCCAGUUGCACCUGUUCCAGAGCUCAGUGCCAUCUGCUGAAGGGACUGAUGGCCUAAUCUGUGUCUGGAUGUCACCUGAAAAGAACAGGGUGACAGUGUGUGUGUGUGUGUAGGUGUGGGCAUCUUCUGAGUGCUCAACCAAACCUAAGUGCAGCUGCACAAAGGGGCCUUCAGCCCAGGGCAAGCUGAGGGAAAGUGGUGGCUCUCAGUUUCCUCAGCCUGCUGUUCUCCCAGUGUCCCUGCACUCAGGGACUUCUGAGGUGACCCAGUGCAGGGGAGGAGCUUGGCAAGAAAGAGGUGUUCGUGUGCAGUUGAUGAGGCUGAGCGUUGGUGUGCCUGUCAGAAGCUCCUGCUCAGUCGGCAUGAGCCCCGUUGGACCUGGAGAGGAGGUUCCCUUCCUGGCAGCUAUUUGGCUUCCCCACGGAGGACAGUUAUGGGACCAGCUCGGCUCUUCUUGGCUUGACAGCAGCCCUGAGGUUGACAAUGAUGGGGAUGGGGAAACAGUGGUUCCUGCCAGCUCGUGGUAUCUAGGCAGGUGCUCGGACGCUGUCACCAGGCAGUGUGAAGGCCACUUCUCAGAGCUUUGGACUCCAUGACUGAAGGGACAAAGCUCCAAGGCCUUCGUGGACAUUCUCACUGAGCCAUGUGGCAGCUGCUGCCCAUGGCCAGGUGUUCCCAACCCUUCUGUCUUCCUCUAGCCCUUUGGGUCCCACGGACCUACCCUCAAUACUUGCAUCACAGCCACAACCCUGCCUAUUUAUUUAAGCCUUUUUUUUUUUUUUUUUUUUUUUUUGCUUUUAGGGCAUUUUGUACAUAGAUCAAUUCAAACAAGGACCUCUCGACUUGCCAUCUGUGCUGAUAUUAGAGUGCUUUUAGUGUCCACAUCUCAGGCAUGUGAAAGCUAAGGACAAGGUCAUGACAAACUCCAUAGUCAGUGUUGAGGUUCCACCUCCCUGGCCUCAGGACAGUCACCACAGUGUCCAGUAACCCAGUAGUUAAAGAUUGAGGGGGGAAUCCCAGAGAGGCUGGCACUCAAAGAUAUUAUAACCCAGGAGUCACUAAGAGCCAGCCACAAGCCAGGCUAACUGUAGCCUAUACAAAGCUGUUCCCCUUAAGCCACAGGUGACACUCUGAGUGAAGGAAGGCAUGUCAUAUGUUGAGAUGUUUUGUUUGUUUUUAUAAACAUGGUGGCGUUGCCUGGUUUUAGCAGCCUUUCAAUUGGGAACUGUAAGCUGAGAUCUCUGAGAAGUCUGUCUGUUGGUCUCUUCCUUUGGGACCACUACUCCCCAGUCUUUCCAUUUCCCACUCUCCAGCCCUGCCAGCAGCUCCUCUACUGUGGACUGCAGCCCAGAGGCAGGGGCAUAGCCCCUUUUCAACCCUGCCUGGUGGGAAGGAGUCCACAGCUCUGUUUGUUCUGGCUAGAUAUUGACCGCUUUUGUGGGGUUGGCGGCUCUUGAGGUUCUGCAGUGGUGCCACACCUCAGCCUCCAAUGCCUGGCUCUUGGGGUUUGGCUUUGGGGUUUUGAUUGGAAGGAGCAGUGUUUAGUUAGAGCUUUUGUUUUUUGAGACAGUAUCUCUUGUUCAUGGAUGACCUUGAACUCUAUUCUCCUCCCUCCACUACCCUAGUACUGGGAUGACUGGCAUGUGCCAUUGUGCCAGCUUUACGUGGUGCUGCUAGGCUAGCAUUCUGCCAACUGAGCCAUAGCUUUAUCCUGUGGUCCAAUCUUGAUACAGUAGUUGGUUUGGACCCUCUGUGAAGGGUGUUGUGCCCUGCAGUUUCAGCACACCAGCCCCCAGACAGGCUUGCUCCUGUGCCCGGGUGUCCCUGUAGUCCCCAAGUUCUUAUAAGGCAGAAACCAGCUGGCUCACACCUGUCAUCCCAGCACCUGGGAGGCCGAGGUGGUAGAACACUCCCAAGUUACCUGCCUGUAAGGGUCACACCGUAAAAUACCAGUAAAGCGAUAAAGAAGAGCCUGGGCGACCCCAUACCCGAGGCUACGGAAGGCUUUUUGCUUUUCCAUGGGUUAGUUGAUGCUUGACUAAGUUGAUAUUCAUAUAAAAUUAGACAGGUUUUUUGUUUGUUUUGGGGAGGGGGGUGGUUGGGGUUUUUUUUUGUUGUUUUUUUUUUUUUUGUUUGUUUGUGUUGUUGAGUAAAUUUGACAGAAUUUAACUGUCUAGCUUAUCUCGUAGCUGCUGUUCCCCAAAUCUCACCCAAGGUUAAGGUCUGAGCUACCACUCUAGGAUUAUUAGACUGAUUGGUUUUGGUAUCUUGGUUUCAGGAUCUCCACUGGUUUACCUAGGAAAUUCUUAAGUGUCAACCUCAUGUUUCUGAGACCAUAUAUAGAUGGUACCUGCCCCCCACACCCUCUCUCCAGCCAUUUGUUUUGUAGGUUUGUGUUUUGCUGGGGGUGGAACCAAGCCCUUGUGCACAGCAGACACACCUCCCACACUGAACUACACUGCAGCUGCUCCUAAAUUCAAGACCCCAGUGCUCAGAGGACUCCAGGUAUGCCAUUGUAUGCCUAGGCACUGUCCUUUCUGAGAGGGUUCAGAGUCCAGCUGUGUGUCUCCUCCACACCUGGGCACAUCUGCCUUCUAGACUCCGCCUAAGCUAGAUUUCAGGUAGAGUCUGUUCAUCCUUUGUCAACUUUAAGGUUAUAUCCUCGGAACAGGCCAGGGCCCCACGCCCCACCUCACCAACCAGCCUUUGGAGAGGUGUGCAAGAUGGAUCCUCAUGCUUCCCUUGUGUGCACCUGUGACAGCGAGUGUCUCCAUCUGGAAGGUUGGAGUCUCAUCAGCCUGUGCUCCUCAUGAGAGCGGCCUUCCAUCCCCAAUAGCAAAAACACCCCCCAGCCAGGCGAAGUGGUAUAUACCUGUGAUCCCAGCACUGAAGAGGUAGAUCAGGAGUUAAGAGUCAUCCUCAGGCUAGCCUGGGCUACAGGACCUUGUGAGAAUAAAACAGGAACUAGAGGAAUGGUUCAGCAAUUUAGAGGCCCAAGUUCAGUUCCCAGCACCAUUGUCAGGCAGCUAAUGGCCACCUGUAACUCCAGCUCCAGAGGGUCUUACAACCUCUCUGGCCUCUACACAUAACCUGAACACUUACAGCAUUUAUACAUAAAGAUAAAUCUGAAAAAUAAAAGAAUUGGCAAGAUGGUUCAGAGUAAAGUAGUUUGAUGUCAAAUCUGAUAACUAAGUUUGGUCCCCAGAACACAGUGGAAGGGGAUAAUCAACUCCAAAAUUUGUCCUCUGACCUCCAUAUGUAUGUCAUAACAUGCAGACCCACAAUCACACACACAGAUAACACAUAUAAAAAGGGAAACCAGGCAUGAUGGUUUAGGUUUGUACUCCCAGCAGUUGACAUGGAGACAGGUGGUCCCUGGCUCACUGGCCAGCUGGCCUAAGCAAAGUAAGUGGUGCCUAAAGGAGCACAGAAGUCCCUCUGGCUCCGACAUGCUUUUGUACACAUGAACAUUCACAAAAACCCGAAAGGCAACCAGAUUGAGAUUUCAGUCUUAAAGAAGAUUCCAUUGAGCCUGAACCUAGGUGGUGUUUUAGUGUUUUGGUAUCAGAUGUGUAAACUAAGGGAAAUUGCUCCAAAGUGUGGUUGAAGGGGAAGUUUUUAUUGUAGAUAAUAAGGGAGAGUGCAGCCAGAGGCAUCUGGAAGGGUCCAGAACAGGGAGAGUAGUAGAUGGAAUAUGGCCAGCAGACUGGGUUUGUCCAGGGGGGAGAGGGAGAGACGAUCAAGAGACAAGGAGCCAAGAAAAGAAACCAAAGAUGACCAAGAGCACAAAUACUCUAGCGACAGGCUUUUAAGGGAGUAGGAUGCUAGGGGAGGGAAGCCCAUGCACUAGAGAAGGGUAGGGGGUGGGAGAGCCACCGGUGGUUAUAAAACAGGAAGCCAGAAGGAAAGGAUGCGCUAAUAAGCAUCGCAGGUUUGUCCUCAGUUUCUUUUGGGUCUGGCAGGCAUAGUGCCAUUUUACUUUAGUCUCUACACUUGAAAGGCAGGCAGAACUGUGAUUUGGAGGCUAGCCUGGUCUACAUAGUUCCAGGAGAGUUACCCUACCCCCUAAAACAAAACAAAGGAUCUGUUGCUCUGUCACUCAAGGCUAGGGUUCCCACUCUGGUGGGCAGUUUUUCUCCCUCGUCCUAAGGGGGUAAGCAUAAGCUGCUGCAAAGUGGAUGUGACCCGGAAGUGCAUCUCUCACUGUCCUCUCCUUUUCUCCCCUGAGGACUGAGACAUGCUCCUACGUUGGCCACCAGAGGUCAGAACAAACCCAGGAGCCAGUUAGGCAUGUCUACUAAGUAGGGACCCUGGAAGCCUUAUACUGGAAUCAAAGUAGCCAGACUGAAGGAUAGAAAGGCACAGAAAUGGAGGUGUUUAAAACAGUGUUCUUCCAGAAGACCUGGGCUUCAUUCUCAGCACCCACAUUGUAGCUCUGUGAUCCACUUGUUCUGCUGUCUGUGCGUAUACUUGUGGUACACAGACAUAUAUGUGGAUAAAACAUAUAUAUGCACAUGCAUACACUGUUUUUGAAGCAGGAGUGAAGUAGAAACUUACAGUUUCUUUGAAAAGUCAGUUGUGUUGGAUGGUGUUUUCUGGGGGAGACAUACAGAGUGUUUUCCUGAAGGGGACACCAGUGAAAGGAUGUUUUGCUAAGCAAACACAUGAAAGGACACGUGGUGUUAAGUAUUGCUACACUUCGCUAUUCCUUAAGCAUCGUUUGUUGUGACUUCAUAGAAGCACACCAAAAAGCUUGUAGUGAUCUGGUGAUGUCUUGCUACUUCCAUGGACACCAGCUGAUUGGCAGAGUGAUGUCAGCUGAUACAGAUUCCUGCGGAGUUUUGCUGAGGCAAGACCCAUGGGAGAACACAUGAUGUUUGGAGGGAGUAUAAAAAGGACUCAAUAGACAGUGAUGGGAGUAUGGGGGAGGGGCUUGCAUAGCUAGCUUCGCAGCACUUCGUUGGUCUCAUGUCUUCCUUGAUCUUCACUUGGUUGAGAGAGACACAGCAGAGAACUUCCGGCAUCCCUGCUGGUCCUGGUAGCUCCUGCUGACUCCUGUCCACUCAGCGGAGGCCUGGCUGUUUAUGCUAGGCUGAGCCACCACUGCUGAUUCGUGUUUGCUCUCCUGACUACUGAACUGGACUGCUGGUGUAUAUCCUUUCCAGCAGAUAGGAUUUGCUCCAAAGAACAAUUUCUUUUUUCUUUUCUUUUUUCUUUUAGUGUAGAAUAGAGUUUAUUCAGGGCACGGGGAGGGGAGUAGAAAGGGUAGAGAGACAGAGAAAGACAGAGAGAGUAGAGGAGUAGAGGCCAGCCAUGAGCAUGUGGAGAGAAAGGGGGAGGGGAAUGGGAAGAGAAGGGGAAGGGGAUGAGAAGAGGAAGGCAAGAGUCAAAAAACAAUCUCUAAACAGGUCCACUUCCCCAUGUCCUAAUAGCCUUUCCUUUCCACUACCUCUGGAGGGUGGUGGGCUAGAAGGGAGGUUAAAGCAUUUCAGAACUCUUAUUAAAAGUAGGUUUUGAAAAAUUGAAGCCUAUACAGGUUUUUUCCGUGUAGUCUGUCUGUCCUAGAACUUGCUCUGUAAACUAGGCUGGCCUGGAACUCAGAGAUCCACCUGCUUCUGCCUCCUCAGCCAUGGGAUUAAAGGUAUAACAAGUUAAAAAUGAAAAGAAAAAUGGGAAAUCUUGGAGGGCAUGCAAAGGAAAAGGAACCUGUUGCUCAGGAAUCUGAUUGAAGCCUCUUGCCAGUAGGAAAACAGGAAUUCCAGUCCAAUUACUAAGAGCUCAGGCCUUUCUCCCUUCUCAGGUACAAUCUGGAAUUUCCUCAGAAUCUCAUUUACAGGGAUAGGACAUGUACUGACCCCUGGUGGCUCUGGUUUCAUUUUAUAUUAUACUCCCAUUCAAAGUUUCUGCAGAGCCACCUCAUUUAUCUCCUUCAGAGGAUGAAGAUGGAGCCUGCAAGAGCUCACUGGCUCAAAGUGCUUACACCCACCCACCUGAAUUCAGUCCCCAGGAACCACGUGGUGGGGGAGGAGACUGAUUCCUGCAACUUGUCACCUGAACGCUUCACUGUGUAGUGGGCCCAUAUAAAAAAAAUUGUAAUGAAAUGUAGAGGGUUUUUUUCUUCUUCAGGCAACCAUGUGGCCCUCACUAGCCUGAAACUCACCCUGCCUGUGUUUCCUGAGUAGUGGUAUCUAAGGUGUGUGUUACUAUGCCCAGCAUUAAAGACUUAUUUUUAUUCAUGUGCA